AUGGCUGUCGCCGAUGAAAACGAAAAGAGUGCAGACGUCAGUCCUCCUGUUCCACUGUCGAGUCAACACCAUGACCCCGAGGCAGACGCAGGCGCGAGUUCGCUCUCGCUGGGCAAAGACGUUGCGAUUGGCCUGGUGGGUGAAUGUGCGCGGGAGAUUGAUCCAGACGUGGAAGCACGCGUGCUGAGGAAGAUUGAUUGGUUUUUAAUUCCGGCGAUGAUUGUUGGAUAUGGACUGGUAUACUACGACAAGGCGAUUCUCGGCUCAGCCGUCCUUUUCGGCAUGACGAGGGACUUGCAUCUCAGCGUUGUGAAUACGGCGACUACGCCGCCUACGACGAAUACCUCGAGGCUCAGCUGGGCGACGUCCAUGUUCUACUUUGGUAUGCUGGCUGGCUUGUAUCCCAUGACGUUUGCGCUGCAGAGAUUCAAUCUCGGGCGGAUCCUAGGCGGUGUCGUUGUCGUGUGGGCGCUGGUCUGCAUGUUGACGGCGGCGGUGACUUCCUACCAUGGCUUGUACGCCCAGCGCUUCUUCCUGGGCUUUGUGGAGAGCAUUGUUCCCACGGGCUUCAUGUGCAUCAUCUCUGGGUACUAUACGCAAGAGGAGCAAGCGCUCCGGCAGUCGUGGUGGUUUUCGUCCACUGGCCUGUUCACCAUUGUCGGUGGCGCGCUGAACUAUGGCUUUGCGCAGAUUACUGGCGGGAGUCUGAAGAGGUGGCAGUACAUUUACCUUCUUGCGGGAUGUCUGACCUUCUUGUUUGGCGUCUGGUGCUUCUUCAUUCCAAACUCGCCUGUCUCGGCCUGGUUCUUGACGCCCGCUGAACGUAUUGUUGCGGUCGAACGACUUCGAAGGGGUCAGACGGGUGUGCGGUGCCAGCAAAUCAAGAUGUCUCAGCUCAAAGAAGCCUUGCUUGAUCUCAAGGUUUGGCUAGUCUUCAUCCUGAUGGCGUCUGCGUAUACCGUCAACGGCGCGGUCUCGGGCUUUGGCCCACUCAUUGUAAGCACCUUUGGAUGGUCGACCCUCGAGUCAAUCCUGUGGCAGUUUCCUCUGGGCGGCUUGUGUCUCAUCACCAUUCUUCUUUGCGGCUAUCUUUCUUCUCGAAUCGCUAACAUUCGCCUCAUUUUGCUUGUCGUAAACUGUCUCCCUGUGAUAGCCGGCUGUGCGAUGAUCUGGAAGUCCCAGUGGACCUAUCAUGCCGCCACGCCUGUGGCGGGAUACUCGAUCAUUGGCACAUUUGGAGCAGUCGUCAGCCAGACCAUUGUCAUCGGGAUGAGCAAUGUUGCGGGAGCUACGAAGAAGAGUGCAAUGGCUGCUGCUAUUUUCGUAGCCUACUGCGUGGGGAAUAUUGUGGGACCACAGCUCAUCAAGAGUCAACAGAAGGCAGAUCACUAUCCUCAACUGUGGACAGGGCUGAUCAUUUGUUAUUGCAUCACCAUCGCCGCAGCAGUGGCAUUGUACGUUCUUCUCGCGAGCGAAAACCGGAAAAGAAAGGGCUUGGUGGUGAAUCAGAAGGAAAGAGACAGGCUGGCAUUCAUGGAUUUGACGGACAAGGAGGUAUGUGUUGUAGCCAAGACCAGUGCAUAUCAUCUCGUCACCUGGACGGAGAGUCGGAUAGCGGUCAGCCGGACACAAGAGCGUCUACAACGUUACACUUUGAGACAUCUGCCUGUUUCAGUCGUAAUCUACAGAGCGCCUGCCAGAUCCCAAUGCCGAGCUUCGAUGCGAUACUCGAUUCAACUCAGAUCCCCCAGCCACGUUUCCAUGCUGCCCCCAUUCAUGUACUGUUAUGUACAAGAUGAGGGCGGAGUGGAUGAAUCUUCAUACAACAUUGCACCAAGUUGCACCGAUACCGCACGCCCAGACUCAGAAACGAUGAUUGAGAUUGAAGACUGA